AUGGAGGAUUCGGCUGUCCGGCUGCAGGACAACCUGCGGAGCCUCGACGCUACAGAGGACAUCCACGCGCUACACACAGACCCCAGCCUGACCUCGAGAAGCAACCGCGACUUUGAAGCAGCAGCCGCUGUAGCAGCAGCAAACGCUGCAAGCGGGUCACAGCCGUUUGAUGCACUCCCGGCGGCGACAGCAGCUGUAGCUAAUAACUUGCAUCCGUCUACCGUUACCAGCCAAGAUGGUGAGAGCUUUUUUACUUCCGCAACGCCGUUGUCUACUAAUGCUCUUCUCGAAAAUCCAGCAACCCCUCAGUCAUUGCGGCGCCCUCACCAGCAGCAACAACAGCUAACACAAGCGCAUCACCAACAUCAACUCCAUCCCCCAAGCAAUAGUAAUGGAUUCCUCGAACACACAAACAGUGGCACGGUCGAUAUGCUGGAUCAUCUCCAGACAUCUCUUCCGCCGCAUCUCUUAAACCAGUUCCACGAUGCAACCCCUCCUAUGGGUGGCGGCGAAUCGCCAUUGUCUCCUGCUAUUAAUAAAGGAGAACCCUACUUUAAAAAUAUGAAAUUAAUUUCGAAUCCGCCCGAUCUUAAAAGAUGGCGGGAGCGACUGUUCAAUGUUGAGGAUACGAUCGUCCUCAGUGAAGAAGAAUUCCAAACUUACUUUCCCCACAUCGACAACGUCUACUCCCACCGCUCCACCCAGAAAUAUAAACGCAAGCUCUUCGUCUCUCAUUACUGGGACUGCCGUCUCAAGGGCCGACCACCCGGAACUCCCAAAUCCCGCGACCCAAAUAAAAAGAAACGCAAGCGCACAGCCCGCGAGCGCGACCUCUGCGACGUCAAGAUCAAAAUCACAGAGUAUCUGCCCGGAGCCCUGACUACACCACCGGGUUUGGGCCCUUCCCUUCUCUCCAUCAACUCGCCAUCCCUUACAACCACGACCGCUGCUUCGUCAGAUAUGCAGCCUGCGACCAGUAUCGGCUUUCCCGGCUCUGCGGACCAGAGUAAUGGCGCGCGACCCCAUGUGGCGGGCCAUCAUCCUCAGUCGCAAUCACAGUCACAACUGCAAUACCCGUUCGGCGUUUUAGCGCCCAGUGCGACCUUGCCGGAAGGCCACCCUGGCGCUGCGGGUGCAAGGUACUAUACAAUUCAGAGGGUAAAUGGGAAUGGGGGCAAUGGGAGGACGGAUGGAAUUGGCGGGCCGCAUCGACAUACUUUGGAAGAAAGUGAUAGGAUUAAGAAGAACAGUGUGCAGAGGUAUUUGCUGAAGGAGGAAAAGGAAAGGAAGAGGAUUAUGGUACAGCAGAAAACAUACCACAAAAAGGCCUCCGGCUCCGCUGCCGUAACGGUCAAAAAACACGCAAAAGAAGCAGACCUAAAGCUCUUCGGAAGUUGUUUCUGUCCGUUCGUUCAGCGCGUUUGGAUUGCCUUGGAGGUAAAAGGGAUACCCUACCAGUACAUCGAGAUUGAUCCGUACAAAAAGCCCGAGUCAUUGCUGGAGGUCAACCCACGCGGUUUGGUGCCCGCCAUCCGCCAGGGGAAUUGGGGAUGUUACGAGAGCACGGUUUUGCUGGAAUAUCUUGAUGAACUCGAAGCCAGUAAUCCUCUCUUACCGCCAAGAGAUCCCCAACUGCGUGCCCAUUGCCGUCUGUGGGCAGAUCAUGUCAACCGCCAUAUAAUCCCUACCUUUUACCGUCUCCUACAAGAACAAGACGGCCAAAAGCAAAUAACUCACUCGGAAGAGCUAAAGGCGGAAAUCAACAAACUCGUCAACGCCUCGCAUGUCCACGGACCCUUCUUCCUCGGCCCCACAAUCUCCUUCGUAGACAUACAAUUCGCGCCCUGGAUGCUAAGACUCAGUCGUGUGCUCAAACCAUAUCGCGGCUGGCCGGAUCCGGAGCGCGGUAGUCGUUGGGAAGCGUGGGUAGAUGCCGUGGAGGGUGACGAGCAUGUCAGGGCCACAACGAGUUCAGAUGAGUUGUAUUUGGAUAGUUAUGAGCGGUAUGCUGGUGAGUUGUGUGUUCGAAUUGUCGUUGCUUGA